AUGGCACUUUUGCAACCCCAAACGUCGUCUGUCAAUGGUGCCGCUUCGCAAGAAGCCUAUGUGCCUACUGCGUCGACCUCUUCGCCCGCAAGGCACGCUGCCAAGCUGCCGAGCGUGGCAAAGGCAGUCGUCUUUACAGAAGACGAAGUCGCCGAGUACAACAGACAGCUGCAAGAUGCUACACCCAUGCAGAUUCUUCAAUGGGCGACCGAGCACCUGCCCGGCUUGUAUCAGACCACAGCCUUUGGUCUCACCGGGCUGGCAGCCCUGGACAUGCUCAGCAAGAUUUCGAGGCAACAAGGCUACUCAAAGCAUCAAGUCCCCCUCAUUUUCAUUGACACGCUCUAUCACUUCUCGGAGACGCUCGCUCUGGCAGAGCGAGCGAGCCAAAAGUACGGCGCGCCCAUGCACGUCUACUACCCACCCGGCGUUAGCUCCGUCGCUCAGUUCGAGUCGAUGUACGGCAAGAACUUGUGGGAGACAGACGAGGACACUUACGAUUACGUCGUAAAGGUUGAGCCAGCCCGCCGGGCCUACGCAGAAUUAGACGUCAAGGCUGUCAUUACCGGCAGAAGGCGAUCACAAGGCGCACAACGCGCCAAUAUACCCAUCAUCGAGAUCGAUGAGACCGGACUGAUCAAGGUCAACCCGCUUGCAUCUUGGACGUUUGCCGAGACGCAAACAUACAUCAAAGAAAAUGAUGUACCGUACAACGCCUUGCUCGAUCGGGGCUACAAAUCUGUCGGCGAUUGGCAUUCGACCAAAGCUCCCGACGGAUCUGUCGCUUCUGGCGCAGGCGUAGAUGCCGACGAGCGAUCUGGCCGAUGGGCAGAUCGAAAAGAACGCAGCGAAUGCGGGCUCCAUCAGAAUUACUUCCAGAUGAGGAAAGCGUUCCUCAAGAAGCAGAGAGAACGCGAGCAACUGCUCAAGGACGAGGCCCGUCAAGAUGACUUGCCUGCUUCCACACCACCAGCAAUCUAG